AUGUGCAACUGCGUCGCCGGGACGCAUAAAAUCGAUUUUGCGAAGCAACUUCGGACUAUGUCAAAAGGAAAGAGCGACUAUUUCAUGAUCUCUAUACUGAGCCAGAUUAUUCAUGUUCGUGGGUUAAUCACAGCACAAAUCUUGUUUCGCCUGACGCAACGAUUCGCACGCAAACAAUUGAACGGUCGCCGCAUCCUCGGAGGUGUUUUUGGAGACGAGAGUGACUUUGUUGAAUCAGCAGUGCACCCGAAGAUCUCAGUGAUGACGACAAUUGAAUCGUGUACGACAAAUCGAAAUACCACAAACAACUCGCCACAUCCUUGGAGGUGUUUUUGGAGACGAGAG